CCCUAAACCCCUCACCUUGUAAAUUUAAAAAAAAAAAAACCAUGGGCUCGAACUACAUUUAUUUAUUUCUGCGCAGCCGCGUUAUCACCGACGCCGAAAGGGUGGCCGCUGCAACAUCCUCUAGACAUCCACCUAGACCCAAUGUGAUUAUCUUUGGAGGCGUGUUCUACGGGAUAACUCUGCUUUUGAUGGUGUACUGUUGGGUCAAUCAUGGAUACAGACCAAUACGCGCAAAAAACAUGCCAACUAUAGCGACAAAUGGAAACGUAGUCGUUAUUGGCGCCUGGAGCGUUUGCAAGGCUUGGGGACUGUGGGUUCGGGUCGCUGCUACCUUCACGUUUUCGUCGGCUGUUUUGUUCCGCCUCAUAGCUUUCGACCGUGUCUUCAACCGUAACAAGCCCUGUAGUGGAGUCGGGUUCUAUGCGCCGAUGGUGGUGUUUGGUCUCAUGCUGAUUGUAUUUUGCUCAGGGUUCAAGAUAGCUGCUCUUGGGAUACUGUGGGCGAUUUGGCUCGCCAUUGGUGUCUAUAUUUUGCGGGUACGCAAUGUCCAGUCCUCCUACAACGAAUUCUUCCACUUUGUCGCCAUAUUCACCAUUAGCGUGAUGGCAAUUCUCUACACUACACUACUUCAUAUCCUCCACCCAAACUUCCCCUUCGUCCGUGCACUGCGCGCCAGUAACACGUCAGCAGACCUGAUUGUUGGCAACCUCUGCAUCUGGAUUCUGAUGGCGAAUCCAGCCUACCAGUGCCUGUUCCGUCACGAAGCGUAUCUGAAUGAAUGGCUGCUUGCCCUAUCCAUGGACGGCCGUAAAGCAGACAUUCAGACAGAGAAUGACUACACAACACCUAAUGUUGGGAGCUAUUCUCGCAUGGAAGGCAACAUCAACAGGCCAAUCGGAACUGACAGCGACACGCUACGACACUACAACAUCACCACCCUAGACUUCGCUUUAGGUCUUGAUCCAUACACUCCUAAUGCCAGUCGGCAUUUUUCGGCUUCCGAUGGGACAGUAAAUGGGACAAGACUCAAUUUUUAAGAAUAAAGCCUGC